AUUUGUCACGAAACCGACAGUGACGCUAUCAGUUUUACCUCCGAUAAGCAUAGAACCUUUCGCAUAUUUUCUCUUGACCUCAGCUUCUUCUUCCUCUUCAUCAACACCGAAAGCAAUCGAAAGAGAAACCAAUCAAACAACUAGGAUAAAAUUGGAAAAUUCAGUUUGAGGUCUAGAAUCAAUGGCGUCUAAAGUUAUCUAUUCCACAAUCCGCCGAACCCUAACGAAGCCACACGGCGCUGUUUCCCGGCGUCAUCACUUGUCUACCGCCGCCGCUGCUACCACUACCGCGACGGCGGUGGAUAAUUACAACGAUAAAUCGGGGAUCGUGAUGAAAGGAGUUCGAAUUUCAGGUAGACCUCUUUAUUUGGAUAUGCAAUCGACGACUCCGCUUGAUCCUAGGGUAUUCGACGCGAUCAAUGCGUCUUCAAUCUAUGACUAUGGGAAUCCUCACUCGCGAACGCAUCUUUACGGCUGGGAAGCUGAGAACGCUGUCGAGGUCGCACGAAACCAGGUCGCGAAAUUGAUCGGCGCUUCGCCGAAGGAGAUCGUAUUCUUAUCUGGCGCGACGGAGGCGAACAAUACCGCGGUGAAAGGGGUGAUGCACUUUUACAAGGAGAAGAAGAAACACGUCAUAACCACACAGACGGAGCACAAGUGUGUCCUUGAUUCUUGCAGGCAUUUGGAGCAGGAAGGAUUCGAGGUAACUUACUUGCCUGUGAAAACUGAUGGAUUAGUCGAUGUAGAGAUGCUGAGAGAGGCUAUUAGACCGGACACAGGGCUAGUUUCUGUUAUGGCUGUGAACAAUGAGAUUGGUGUGGUCCAGCCUAUGGAGGAGAUAGGUAGGAUUUGCAAGGAGCAUAAGAUUCCGUUCCAUACUGAUGCUGCUCAAGCUAUAGGAAAGAUACCUGUUGAUGUUGAGAAGUGGAAUGUUAGUUUGAUGUCAAUGAGUGGUCAUAAGAUCUAUGGACCAAAAGGAGUUGGUGCUCUGUAUGUGAGAAGGAGGCCGAGAAUCCGUCUCGAGCCACUGAUGAAUGGUGGAGGUCAAGAGAGGGGACUUCGUAGUGGCACGUUGUCUACACAACAAGUUGUUGGCUUUGGGGUUGCUUGUGAACUGGCGAUGAAGGAGAUGGAGUAUGAUGAGCAGUGGAUUAAGAGGUUGCAGGAGAGGUUGCUCAAUGGGGUUAGAGAGAAGCUUGAUGGGGUAGUGGUGAACGGUUCAAUGGAGAAUCGUUAUGUAGGGAAUCUGAAUCUGUCGUUUGCUUAUGUCGAAGGAGAGAGUCUUUUGAUGGGUUUGAAGGAAGUUGCAGUGUCUAGUGGAAGUGCUUGCACAAGUGCGAGUUUGGAGCCUUCUUAUGUGUUAAGAGCUUUAGGUGUGGAUGAGGAUAUGGCUCACACUUCGAUUAGAUUUGGGAUUGGUAGGUUUACCACGGAGGAAGAGAUCGAUAAAGCGAUCGAGCUUACGGUCAAACAAGUUGAGAAGUUGAGAGAAAUGAGUCCCCUUUAUGAAAUGGUUAAAGAAGGUAUUGAUAUCAAGAACAUACAAUGGUCUCAACACUGAUUCAACAGUUCUACUGAAACCGUGCGGUACAAGAGGGAAACUCGGGUCUGUGUACGGCCGGGUAUGAGCCAUGCUGAGAUGUGAGUAUGACCCGAUGAUCUGAUCCUGAGUUCUUACUAUGAACUUGUUGGUAAUUUAUCUAUAUUUGCUUUUCUAGAUAGUUUUCAAGUGAGAGUUUCUUGUAUGGUUUUGUAAUAAACAGAGCAGGAACAAAACUUGGGUUGGAUUGUGAUCGUUUGGAUGAUUAAUUUCUAGGUGUUAUGAACCUUAAUAAUAAUAGCUAUUUUUAUUUUAUUUUA